AGUUCAGGAGAAGUGACCCCCCCAUAUCCAGCAGCUGCUAUGAAAUGGACUUUGUUCGGUUCCCGGAGAGCAAACCUGACCGAAUCCAGAGAAGAUUUUAUCUGAAAAGAAUGGAGGGAUUACCGACACAACAUUUACUGUCCCAUCACCGGGAGCCCCGGGGCCGGCAUCUGGUGUCGCUCUACGACGACCAUUACAUGAGGCACGGGAACUCCACCCUACCGCCUCUCCGCAGCUGGGAUGGCAAGAGUCUGGCCUGGCUUCCGGAAAGAUCCGACUUCCCCCUGACAGAACCUCCAACCAACUUCGGUCUUCUCCAAGAGAAGCAGAAACUCUGGAGAGAUCGACCUUCAGAGGACCUGAGAAGCAUCUACUCUGCCUCCUAUAGGCCGCCGCCAGCCUCUGCCCUCAGGACCCCCCGCUAUGGGGUAGCCCCUCGAGUCCUGUCCAGCACUGUGCACAGGAACAACAAUACCAAUAAAGCUUUGGACUUCAAGGGGCAGACCUACCUCCAGGUUCCGGACCACCCCGGGGCAAGUGGUGGCAAUGCGCUGGGGGAACCUGCAGAU